GAUUUCAAUUUUCAUGCCAUGCGCAAUUGUAAUCGUGCUGUUGUUGUUAUACCUAGCGAGUUCAUAAUAAUUGGAUUCACGUAAUAUUUGUUAUAUCACAGUUCACACCCUAUCCUUUACGUCGCAAGCUAGGGCGUGUUCUUCAGUGUUAUACAAUGGGUGAUACAAGAAAGAAGAAAAAGUUUUACUUUCGGAAAGGAAGAAAUAAAUAUUUUCUAGAACCCGGCUUCAGAGGUUUCUUUUGCACGUGUAACUUCCGAGAAAAAGAAUGUGUAAAGGAGAUGUACAACUUAUUAAAUGAGUAUGCUGUAAAAGUGUACCCUGAUCUGGAAAAUGCACCACCGAUAGCUAGAAAGGACGAAAAUGAUCACUCAGAAAGUGAAUCUGAAAGUGAAAUGACUGACAUUGGAGAACAGCUCAGGCGGGAGGUGGAUAACAUGAAGAAAGACUCACAAAAAGCUCUCAGGCACAAAAGGUUUCAGGUAGUAGAGACUGGAGCAUCAAACUGCAUCUUUAUAAAAACUAAUUUGUCCUAUCCAGAAGAAUUGACUGCAGCUAUUAUCAAAGAUUUGUGUCUCACAAAAGUGCAGAAGACAAGGCAUGUUCUGCGCUUUUUACCAAUCAUGGCAACUUGCAAAGCCAAUUUACCUGAUAUAAUGGAGUGUGCAGGAAAGUUAUUUGAUAGAUUUUUCUUGAAAAAGUCAUCAACAUUUGCGAUUAUUUUCAACAAAAGAUUCAACAGCAGUGUUUCAAGAGAUUUGAUAAUAAAAGAGCUGGCGGAAAUGAUUGUUCUUAAGAAUAGUGAUAACAAAGCCGACCUUAAGAAUCCUGGACUGUGCAUAAUUGUUGAAGUAAUCAAGGGAAUCUGUCUGCUCAGUAUUGUUGAGGAUUACUUUACAUAUAAAAAAUAUAAUUUACAUGAAAUUUGUAAGGACAAUUCAAACAUGGAGAGUGAAGACAGUCCAGCUAAGAAGUUCAAACCUGAUGUGACAGAUGAUGUAACAACAGUUGUGUGACCAAUUAAAUUAUUGUAUUGUGAUCUAUUUAAAGUUUAAUUUACAAUAUUUCUAUAUCUAGUUUAAGGCAACCUGCGCCCCCUAUACCAUUAAUUCUUGCACCAAAUUUUUCUACUUCAAACUUUAUGAUUAAAUCUUCUAAAUAUUAAAAUAAACUUUUUGUUUAAAACAAA